CGUCGAAUGCCGGAGUACUUCCGAUGUCACAACUAUCAGAAUCCUGAAGAUGCGGAUCAUCCACCUUGGAAGUGGACGGAAGGUGUCCCAGAGUAUGAAGGAGAUCGAUGGAGUUGGUAUCGUACCCGACCUGAACAUCAUCAGAAGUUUAACGCGUUUUUGUCUGCCAUCAGGAAGGACUCCUUGCCCUGGACGGAGCUCUACCCACCAGAACGAGUAUUGGAGGGGUGGGAUGAAGAAUCAGUGCUGCUAGUCGAUGUUGGUGGCGGAAAUGGCAAAGACAUCACCAACUUUGCGACUGCAGUCGCAGGGAGCCACACGAGUGCGCGACUUGUGUUGCAAGAGAGAGUAGAGGUGGUAGAUGCUCUCGCUGCGAGUCGAUCGCAAUUGCCUGCUCAAGUAGAGCUCAUGGCGCACAACUUCUUUGAGGCGAAUCCCGUGCACGGUGCCAAGGUGUACUACAUGCAUGCGGUCAUCCAUGACUGGGCUGAGAGUAAAGCGCAUGAGAUUCUGGUGCGUAUUCGGGAGGCCAUGAAGGCUGGGUACAGCACACUUUUGCUGUUUGAUCGAGUGGUGCCGGAGCGAGCGAGUGAUUGGGACGUCAAGACUGCAGCUCUCGAUAUCAACAUGAUGUGCAACUUUGCUGCCUUGGAGAGGAGCGAAGCGCAGUGGCGGUCGCUUUUGGAGGGUGCUGGGUUGAGGUAUAUGGGUUACAAGAAAGUGCCGGGA